AUGGUGGCUGUACUGAAAAAGGAAAUAAAGGGAACGCAGUCGAACAAAUCCGCGGAAUCCGACGCAUCGAGUCAAGGGGGAAAGGAGUCCCAAGUCCCGGCAGGCCAAUACUUCUGGCACAACCCUUCAAAUCGGGAACUUCUGAGGAAACUACGUGACAGGACCGUCAAUAAACGUCCCGUGCAACAUGAAAUUGAAGGUGAGAAUCUCGGUCAAGACUCUAACAUCUACGUCAUUCGCACGACCAAGCACAAAAAGAUCUCUUACGAUAAGUUUAUCAGAGAGAAGGAGCGUCGUAAGAAACAAUAG